AUGAAUAUCGAAGAAAAAAAUUUCUAUAAAAUUCUUGAUAUUAAUUCGAAUGCAUCACAAGCUGAAAUACGUAGAGCAUAUUUAAAAAAGGCGUUGAAAUAUCAUCCGGAUAAAAAUUCAAAUAUUGAUGCAGCAAAUAUAUUCAAGACAUUACAAACAGCUUAUGAAACGCUGUCAAAUGAAGCAAGUAAAUUUGAAUUUGAUGACAACAAUGUGGAUAAUGACGAGCUUGAUGAUGAUAUUGCACCAACAACAGUUUUUAGUCUAACACAUGCUGGUGAAAAGUUAUCAGAUAGAAUAAAAAAGCAAAUUGAAGAAUAUAUUGAAAAUUAUCAAAGCAUAUCGAUCGUUGACAACUUUCAUAUGGAAAUGAAGAACAUCACUGAAAAAUACAUAGGUAUGAACAAAAGUACGACAACAAUAUAUUAUUCACUAUGUGAUUUAUGUCGUCAAACAUGUUCCAAUGAACAUCAACAAGAUAUGACAGAACAGUAUCACAAUUUAUUUAACGAAACUCCCAUAAUAGAACUUGAACAAAUUGUUGAUAAAGACCUAUGGAAUUGGAAACAAAUUACAUUGACAAAUGUUUAUUCAACAAUAUGGAAGAGUGAAGACUGGAAUAAUUUUAAAAAACUACAAAUUCAAAUACAAAUUCCCAUAAAAAUUAUUCAGCACAGACCAAACAAAUGGUCACGAUUUAUUAAUUAUUAUCGUCGUCAUGAACAACAUAUUCAAAUAUUAAUAAAGACUUUACUUGAUAAAACAGCAAAGCCUACCAGUUGCCUUCCGAAUUUUAACGAAGUUCAAAUGUUAAAAAGUCUUUUAGAUAAUUCUGAACAAAGAAACGAUGGCAUAAUAAACGGAAAUUAUUGUUUAAUCAAUACAGAUCAAUUAUUAUUGGCUGAAAAUCGAUUUCUAUUAGAUAAAUAUAAUAUUGAUUUAGAUCAAUUUACGUUUAAAAUACAACAACCACCAAGAGUGCUUGAUAAUGACGAACAAGAUAACUGUUCUAUUUGCAAAAAAGGUUUUACAAUACUUACAUGGCGUCAUCAUUGUAGAAUGUGUGGUGCGAUGCAAUGUUCCAAAUGUCAGUUACUAGAAAAGAUUCCACAUUUAGGUUAUUGGAGAGAACCAGUUCGAAUAUGUCUUAAAUGUUCAGAACAAAAACGAACAAUGGUCUAUCAUAUAUUACUUGAAAACUUGAUGAAAAGAAUUAACACAAAUACUAUGAAAGAUAUGGAUAUUUAUUUGGCUCUUGUUUAUACUUAUAAAAAACAAUCAAAUAGUUUUUAUCGUCAAAAUGGUGAUCAUUUUUAUUCGUUAAAACAAUAUCGAACAGCCCUACAAUGUUAUGCGUACUCAAACAUGGAUAAAGAACAAUGGUUUGAACUGAUCAUUGAUUUAUGUUCCAAAGAACAAUAUUCAUUUGUAGUGACAUGUAUGAAUUUAUGCGGUGACGAAACAAAACAAUUUUGGGUAAGUAAAGGAGAAAAACAUCAAGAUAAUCCUGUUUUAUCAAUAUUAUGUUAUGAACAAGCAAAAUUAGAACCAAAUGAUUUAUUGAAAGUAGCGAUUGAUCGUUAUAAUGAUAUUGAUACAUGUUCAUUUUAUCUGUUAUAUAUUAAAAUAAAAUAUGAAAACAAUAUUAAAUGGAAAAAUUGGGCUGAAAAACUAUUACCAUCAUCUGGUGAUCUUGCUAUGUUUUGUCUUUAUUUGCAAGGUAACAUAACAUUAAAUUAUUGGAUUUCAAUCAUAAAUAAGUUAUGUGAUAAGAACCAGUUUGAAGAUUUGGCAUACCUAUUAUCACAUUUGAAUCGAAUGAACGUUCAAUUUAUAUCGACAACAAAUAGUUAUGUAUAUUGUUUAUCAAAAAUAUUGUCAGCAACAACAAUGACAUUAAAUGAUUGGUUAAAUUAUGUUUGUUCAUUAACAAAUACAAAACAAAUUGUAAUAUGUUUAGCAUUUAUUCAUUUGAUGUAUCAGCCAUCCUGGUCAAAAUAUAAACAAGACUAUAUUAAAUUGAAACAAUAUAAGAAAAUAUUAAUAUGUCAUAAAACAGAGCAACUCUUUUCGAAUAUUAAUGAUACAUCAUGGAUCUAUAAUGGAAUCAAAGAUAAUAGUUCUGUUGCAUUUGAAUUAUUAGACGAAAUAAAAUACUGCAACUGGAAAUCUUUAGGUGAUAAAUAUUUUGAUGAACACAAAUAUACAGUAGCGUUAAACUGUUAUUUACAAGAAAAAAAUCUAGAUAUUUCAGAUAUUAUUCUAAAACAAUCACACAGAUUAUCAUCACCAACAACAGCACUAUUGUACAGCAUUGCCGUUUAUAAACAAACAAUCAAUGCUCAGGUGUAUAUUUAUCUUGUUUGUAAGUACAGUAAAAAGCAACAGAAAUAUCUACAAUAUACUAAUCCAUUACGUUUAGGCAUGCGCCAAUACCACUCAUUAUUGAAGAUACAAUAUUAG